CCAGAAGGCAACUAAAAGUGGGAAGGCCUUAAUUAAGAAGAAACAAAUUUGAUUAAUUGAAUGGAAUGAUAGGAGAGAGAGACAGAGAGAGAAGCAUUAAUAGAAGAAGAUUAUGUGGCCAUGGUUUUGGCCCUUUUGGGUUUUUGUCCUUCUGUUUGUAUUAUAAGUUCCCUCACUUCUCAUUCAUCUGCAUAUUUCUGCAAAUUUUGGGGUACGUAAAGGAACUGGAGCCACCGUCGUUGAUUCUUCAUUCAUUCAGGGAUGGAAGUGCAAAAUUCUGAACAUCCUCAUAUAAUUGAGGUAUCUGGAGAUGUGCCAACUGUCGAACGACGCCUGGCUGGAAGUAAGUUUUGUGGGACAGCACCGUGUGGAUUUUCAGAUGCUGAAACCAAUUCUAAAGAUGCAAAGGAGCGUUCUGUAUCCAUGCGGAAACUUUUGAUAGCAGUUGUGCUUUGCAUCAUCUUUAUGAGUGUAGAAGUUGUUGGAGGUGUUAAAGCCAACAGUCUUGCUAUAUUGACUGAUGCAGCUCAUCUCUUGUCAGAUGUUGCAGCAUUUGCCAUUUCCCUGUUCUCACUCUGGGCAUCAGGUUGGGAGGCAAAUCCACGUCAGUCUUAUGGUUUCUUCAGAAUUGAGAUACUCGGUGCUCUGGUUUCAAUUCAAUUGAUAUGGCUUCUUACUGGGAUCCUUGUAUACGAAGCUAUUGCUAGACUAAUUCAUGAUGCUGGUGAAGUUCAGGGAUUUCUUAUGUUUGUUGUUUCUACGUUUGGUUUAGUUGUUAAUAUAGCCAUGGCAAUCUUGUUGGGCCACGAUCAUGGACAUGGCCAUGGCCAUGGUCACAAUCACAGCUAUGGUCAUGGGCAUGGACAUGGACAUGGUAAUCAUGAUCAUGAAGAUGGACAUAGUAAUCAUGAUCAUGAAGAUGGACAUAGUAAUCAUUAUCACGGACAUGGUGGAGAUGAUCAUCAUAUUGAGGAUCAUGACCAUUCAUGUGAAGUUCAUAAGGAGACACUUGACAUUGGACUAGUAGGCACACAUCAUCGUCAUGUUGAAUCAGAGCACACCAAGCCUCUGAUCAGCACUGGUAAUUCCGAAGAUGAGAAGAAACUGAAGGGUGUACCAACACAGAAGAAGCAACGGAACAUCAAUGUACAGGGGGCUUACCUUCAUGUACUUGGGGAUUCCAUCCAGAGUAUUGGUGUAAUGAUUGGUGGGGCAAUUAUAUGGUACAAGCCCCACUGGAAGAUUGUUGAUUUGAUAUGCACCCUCAUAUUCUCAGCAGUUGUGUUGGGCACAACAAUCAGAAUGCUACAAAACAUUCUGGAGGUUCUUAUGGAGAGCACGCCUAGAGAGAUUGAUGCGACUCGACUUGAGAAGGGGUUGUGUGAGAUGGAUGAGGUUGUUGCCAUCCACGAAUUGCACAUUUGGGCCAUAACAGUUGGGAAGGUGUUGCUGGCUUGCCAUGUCAAAAUAAAGCCUGAUGCUGAUGCUGACAUGGUUCUGGACAAGGUUAUUGAGUAUAUUAGGCGAGAAUACAAUAUCAGCCAUGUAACUAUUCAGAUAGAGCGUCGGUAGGCAGUAGUUCCGUGGAGCGAUGACUGGCAUGUGUGGGUUUUUUUUUUUUUGUUUCAGGUGAGCUGGGUGUCUGUUUUAACUUUCCAAAUUAUUUUACUCUGUUAAAUGAUCACAUCAACCAUGUAUUUGGCUGGUUUGUAGUCCUUUAGUAUACAUUUAAGGUAGUGUUGACUGUUGAGGGAUAAUUUCUCAGCUAUAUCAGUUGUUGCUUUUCAUUAGUCAA